ACCCGUCCCGGGGUCGAGAAACACAGAUCUAACUCGCAAAACGAGGGAGGAGCCGGGAUCUUUUCUAAUACCUGCGGCGUUUAACCAAUCUCAGAAUCAAGCCAGGAACUGAAAAAUCUGUUCUUCUGUUUUCAGGAACAUUGCCCAUUCUUUCUGAAAGCCAGAAUUGCGAGAUCUCCUCAUUCCCAGACUGACACUAGAGAAUCUUGACAUGCUCCAGGCAAAUGUUUUUAAAGGUCUAUAUUGAAGUUGGGAAGACAUUGGCCUAGAGGGAAAAGGACACAUGGUUUUCCUCGGCUGGAGAAGAUUGCUACACUUUUGUGGUAGGGCCAGCUUUAGAAAAGACUUGAAGCAGAAACAGAGAGGCUGUUUGGUGUGGAGGUGCUACCGUGGAAGAGCUUCAGGAAGACAUGUAGAUCCCGAGCUGAGAAUGUUCUUAGAGCAGAAUACUGAAAUCAUUGACAGUGGAAACCUGACUCCAGAAAUAAGAUUACGUCUUCUGACGCCUAAUUGCAGAUUUUGGCAUGACAAAGCUGCUUUGUGGCCUUAUGGGGAGCCCUACUGGGCAAUGUACUGGCCAGGAGGCCAAGGACUAUCCAGAUACCUUCUUGAUAAUCCAAAAGUGGCCCAGAAGAAGAAAGUUCUGGAUCUAGGAAGUGGUUGUGGAGCAACAGCUAUUGCAGCUAUACUAAGUGGAGCAUCACAAGUUGUUGCAAAUGAUAUUGACCCUGUUGCAGGUGCUGCCAUGGUGCUUAACUGUGAACUGAACAACAUAGAUCCCAUCCCAGUCUUAACAGAGAACCUGAUUGGUACCGAUAUAGGCAAAUGGGACCUUAUUGUCUUAGGGGACAUGUUUUACAGUGAAGAGCUUGCAGACAGUCUCUCUGAAUGGUUGAAGAAGUGCAUCCAGGAUUAUAAGACUGAACUGCUGAUCGGGGAUCCUGGCAGACCCUAUUUUGUGACCAACCGUAUUCAGAGAAUGUUGCACAAAGUUAGUGAAUAUGCUCUCCCUAAAUCAUCACCGGAAGAAUACAACGGUUCAACCAAAACUGUUAUCUGGAAUUAUCAGCCUUAAUUUUUCAGAGGUCUUGGAAACAUUAAAUCAAUUGACGUUACUUUGAAUCUCUUGAAUUCCAAUUCUCAUACACUGAGAUUUUAGCCUCUGUCACUGUGUACAUUCCAAUAUGUUUAAAAUACUUUAUUUGCAGCCAUAUUAGAACAAGACGACAGUAUGAAAAACUUUGCCUGUGGUUUGAGAAUGCAUUGUUUUAAAAAGACACACAAUACUGCCUAUGCGAAUUAAAAUAAAUUUUAUUUGUAGAGCUGUUUUAUAUCUAAUAAAACUUCUAAAUUCAGGCACUAUACAGGGUAGUCAGUGGAUGACACAUCUAGGAUGGGGAAAACUUUGGGAGUUAGCUGUAUUUCGAUCUCUGGGACAUGGCCUUCUUUUCAUACUAUUCUAUAACACGCAUCUACUGUGUUGUAAAAAUAAUUCAGUAAAAGAGAUACACAGACAAACCACAAGCAAUAAAUCUUACAUUGAGAUCAGGUUUAUUUCAUGAGCAAUUUGGAACAUGAAUAGCCAACAUAACGGCAUUUCAGUAAG